CUCCACUGGACCACGCAAGGUCGACUACUAGAGCUGCUUUUUCCCGUUCAGUUUGCUACGCGAAACGAUAGGAGAAACAUUUGUUUGUUGAAACAGGGAAAGAAAAAAAAUCAAGUUACUUCCGAUUACUUCUGAAACGAAAUUCUCAAGUGAAUCAUAAUGGUCACCUGUGGAGAAUGGGUUGAAAUGACCCAGAAGAACAAACCGCAGUCCAACACACUAUCGGCAGGCAUCAUGACACUGCUGACAACCGGAAUGCUGAUCGGUUCCACCAUUUUCAACAUGGAUCUGCGCAAUCAAAGAUGGACCCACGGACAGUCGGACAGCGCCAUCAUGCUUACCAGCAUCUCCUUCUACCUGGCGGCUAUCGUAGGCUCUCUUGCAGGAUACUUCCUCGUAGAACGCCACGAAAAGAAACCUAUUUCGAAAGUGUACCUGGUGCUGGCCCUCGUUGCCAGCGUUCUUCUGGUUGCCAUUCCCGAUCACAUCGUAGCUGUUGCGUUCGCACGUGUUCUUUUUGGCAUUUCGCAUGGCAUGGCCUACUUAGUGGUGCCGAUUCACGGAGGCGAAGUAGCGAUCAAGGAACUUCGUGGUAUGAAUAUGUCCGCCGUCAAUUAUUGUCUCAUGGUGGGCAUCUUGGCGCAUGGCGCGUUGAGUCCUACCGCCACCUAUGAACAUGAGCUGCAGCCCAACCGAAUUGUUGGCAUUCUUGGUUUGGCCUACGUGGUGUUAGGUGGUGCAAUGGCUCAAUGUUUGACGUACGAGUCUCCAGUUUACUUGAUCCAGCGUGGACGGGACGGUGAAGCGAUACAAGCGAUGAUGAAACUUCGCCACGAGUCGACGGAAACGUGGGAAAUACGAAACGAAUAUGUCGAGCUGAAGACAAUGAUUCAGGAGGAUGAGGAAACGUCUCGGUCGAUCUUUCAGGAUGGGAAUCUGCGCCCAUUAGUGCUGCUGUCACUCUGCAAGCUAGCCAGUGUGCUGUCAUUCAAUAUGGCUUCUAACCUUGUUCGCUUGUAUAUUCUGGAUGAGCUGUUCGGUAUGGAAACGUACAGUAUGUCUGCUGUGUUGCUUCUAACAAUACGUAUGAUCAUGGGAAUGCUGUUUUUGUUCACAAUUGAUCGAUUUGGAAGACGUGCACCAAUGAUUCUGUCAUCGGCAGCCAGUGGUGUGAUUCUGACAGUGAUGGGUAUGAUCUAUCUGAUAGCUGAUUACAUUAACACGGACGUGGGAAUUGCGAUUAUGCUAGCGUACGAAGUGGUUGCCUCGAGUGGUCUUACUAUAGUUCCGGAUGUGUACACAUCGGAAGCCUUCAACACGAAGAAAAAGGCGGCGUCGAUUGCGGUGAUACAGACGGUGGAGAACGUUCUGCAGCUCAUCAUCGUUUCGGUAGUGUUUUUCUGGGAUUUUAAAUCCGGAGCGUACCACGGUGGUGUAAUGUUGUUCUGUGGAGUUCCGCUGGUCUUCCUAGCUGGGCUGUUCUACCGUUGGCUACCGGAGACGACCAAAAUGACGAUUCGUCAGACGCGAACGGAGUUCUCUAAGCGUGGAGAAAUCGUGUUCAGUGGUACCAGUAAACCAAACAACUAUUUGAACGAUUAAAAAUAAAUCGGUUUGUGUUUGA